UUCCAACAGUUUUUGGAAAGUUCACGCGAGUCGUUGUCCUUUAAUUGCGGAGGGAGUGAGUUGGUGAAGAAUAUGGGCUGCGUAAACGGGUGUGGGCCGCCUGCUGCCAUCACUUCAACUGCUCCUCCUAUUGGAUUGCUACAUCACUUUACAAUAGGUGGUCACAACCCAAUUUGGGGCGGGGAACAAGAGCCGUGGAUCAUCUCUCUCCCUUUGACCUCAAAUAUAUCAGAUUCCCACAUUUCAUUAUUCUGAGCUGCAAUGUUUUUGGAUUAGGUGUUUCAAUCACACUCUUUGAUCCCUCAUCAAAUUGCAUUUGAGAAUAAUCCUCAAUGGAAAUGGACUGGUUUGCCUGGUUAUCCCAAACGGAUUUGGAGCCCUCUCUGGUGUAUGAAUAUGGGCUUUUGUUCGCUCAGAAUGAGGUGGAGGAAGAGGAUAUGAACUUCUUCAAUCAUGAUUUCUUGCAGAGCAUGGGCAUUGGAGUGGCCAAGCACAGGCUAGAGAUUCUCAAGCUGGCCAAGCGGGAAGGGGGAAGAGCACCCUAUGUUCAUCGGCUCUUUGCUUCGCUCAAGAAAACUAACCGCCGGGUGAGGACUUUUGUCCAUGCUUGGAUACAGAACAGACCCAUUGAUCCGGCCCUCUUCAUGGUCCCCUCUAAGGUUGUUUACAGAGGGCAUCACAAUGGCAAAGGCUUCUUGGGCUGCUUCCCUGCUUUGGCCCCCAGAAAUAAGAUGCUUAUUGCUAGCAGGGAUACAAAGAGUCCCCUCAGAUUGAAGGCCAGUUCUACUCCAGAAAAGUCUUACAGUUGUAGAACUACCCCUCUUCAGGACAAUCAAUUAGUUGUCCCCGCAAAUGCAAAGGAUAUUUGGUGGGCUUCUAUGUUUGAGGAUCUUAAGCCCACUUAGGCCCCGGAUUUUAUCUUCUGUGUUCUUAGAUAGCAUUACCUCAUGCAUAUCGGAAGUUUUGUGGGUUUGCAUUGAGAUUUGUAUUUGUGCUCUUUAUUUUGAUCUCUGCUCUGUAUUUAGUAGCAGAUUUAUUGAACAUUGUGUGUAAUGAGUUCUGUAACAAUUACAAUACAGGGCAUGUUUUUUUGUUUCUGCACUGAUUGAUUGUAACUUAUGUAUGGUGUACAAGUGAUAACGAGAAAGAAGAUUGUUAUGGGUUUAGCAUAGGUGAAAAAAUACUUUUGAUAUUCCAACAGGUCAAUGGGAAGGUCAAUUCAUGUUUCUCAGCAGUUGCUUCAGACAAAGUCUUCUAAUGUUUGCUCUUCAUUCAUCCCAAUUGUAGCUUUCUUCCAUUAAAGAGCUCUAUGGAAGUAUGUAUUGUUUAGUAACCAGGCAUCAGCACAGAAUGGGUUUGUAAAACACCUAUGAAUCUGUUUCCUUGAAUAUAAAUAGCAUUAGUUAAGCUAUUUUUUAACCA